AUGUUAAGGAAAGCCCCCUUGGGCGUCCUCGCGUUGUCUGCACCGCAGCCCCCAGCUGCCGUUGCCGGGCCAGGGCUCUCUAAAGACGCAAUCCUCGCACGAAUUGCUCGUGCCAAGCAGUACAAGCAGCCCAUAUCUAACAGCCCCUCCACCGAUGGUGACGGUCCAGGGGCGGCGGCAGCACCGCCGCCGGACUCUGGCGCGGCCCCCGCUGCGCCGCGGGCAGCAGCGCUUCCUCGCGUAGGGCCCACAAAGGUCGACUGGAGCGCCGUGGUGGGCUUUCUGGAUGCACCCGUCACCACGGAGCGCAGCGGCGCCGGCGGCAUGCCGAUGUCGUACGGCGGUACGGUGCCAUUGCCUUCGCCCGCCAACGAGGCGGCGGAGGCAGCGGCGACGGCUGAACGGGAACAGCGUUUCAUGUCGGCGCCUGAGCAGAAGGACUAUAUGGGUAUGCUGCUGAACAGCCCCCGUCGUGACGGCGCCGGAAGCGCUACACGCGCCGCCGACGCGCUGGCUGGCGUGCUGGCGGAGCCGUCGUACGACAGCCCUGACGGCGCCAUCAGCCCCGACCUGCGCAUGGAGGAGUUCACCGCCAUGAAGGAGGCACGGCUGCGUGCGCUUGGUGGGGAAGUGAUAACGGCAGAUCCGUCGUACAAUCCCGGUGGAAACGUUGCCGUACGGGUCAGCAUGGGCGACGGCGCAGGUCAGAUGGCCGGCCCGGAGGCGGCGGCGCUGGCGGAGGCGCGACGACUGGAGGCGGAGGUGGAAGCGGCGCGACAGGCAGCCGCGGAGGCAGAAGCAGCGGCGGCGGCGGCGGCGGCAGCGGCAGCGGCCGCAGAGGCAGCGGCGACGGAGGGGACGGCGGCGGAUCCCACGGCCUCAGCAGCGGCAACGGAGGCGGAUGACAUGUACACGCCCAAGGUUGCCACCUGGGGCAUUUUCCCCCGGCCACGUGACAUCAGUAAGGCGUACGGCGGCGGCCGGAAUAUAAAACCCGGACAGGAGUUGGAAACUGCUGAGCAGCGUGCGGAACGGGAGCGCAACUACGCGGCGGCCCUGGCGGCGUAUAAGGCCCGGGCGGGGCUGGAGGUCGACCCGGAGGAGGAGCAGCGGGCAGCCCAGUUGUACGAGGAGGGCAUGCAGCUUUUCAGUGCCGGGCAGCUAAAGGCCUCGUACGACAAGUUUGAAAAAGUGUUGGCGGCGGUUCCGGUAAAAACGAAGCAGUACGGGGGCUUGGCGACGCUGCAGAAGGCCAUCGUACUGGACAGCGUGGGACAGAGCGAGGCGGCUCAGAAGCUGUACAAGAGCAUUGCCAAUCAUGGGGUGGCGCAGGUCUCCAAGAAGGCUAAGCAGAUGUUGUUCGGGUUCGAAGCCAUGACGUUUAUGAAAGCGGACCAGUUCAGUUAUUCCGUUAAGAAAUCCGAUUACGACAAAUACUUCAGGAUUCCUGCGGAUCGCCGCACAAUGUACGUUGCCACGGAGGAGGAGCGGCGGCGUGACGAGGAGGCCAUGCGGUUGGCGGGCCUGGUGGCGGCGGCGGUUAUCUUGACUCCCGUACUGGCGGUGGUGACGCUGGCAGUACAGCGUUGA